CAUUAGUAAAAUCCAUAUUAAAAUGGAGGAAGAGAAUCAAGUCGUGGAUCGUGAAGCUAUGAAGGAUGAAAAUGACGAGCAAUAUGGAAAAAGUAAAAGUGCUAAAAAGCGCAAUCGCAAGAAGAAAAACCAGACCGCGAAUUCGGUAGAAGAUCAAGAAUCGGGAAGCCGGGACGACAUGGUCAUUCCCAAUACAUGUAAUGUUUCAAUUAAAGACAUCCAAAUGGCUAUGGAUGCCUUCAAUCUUCAACAAAAACCUGCCAAAACGCAAGAGGAAGCAUUGCAAAAGCCUUAUCAAUUUUGGAGCACGCAACCAGUACCAAAAAUGGAUGAGAAAAUAGUUUGUAACGAACCAAUUGAAGCAGACAAAACGACCAUCCGAGCAGAGCCUUACUCUCUACCAGCGGGUUUCCAAUGGGAUACGUUAAAUCUCGAUGACCCUUUGGUUUUGGCCGAAUUGUACGCCUUGCUGUCAGAAAAUUACGUCGAGGAUGACGAUGCGAUGUUUAGGUUCGAUUAUCCACCAGACUUCUUGAAAUGGGCAUUGCAGCCUCCUGGUUGGUGCAAAGAAUGGCACUGUGGUGUUCGUGUGUGUAAAAGCACUCGACUGGUAGGAUUUAUUUCUGCAAUUCCAGCUAAUUUGCGAGUUUACGAAAGCACUCAAAAAAUGGUGGAGAUCAAUUUUCUCUGCGUGCACAAAAAGCUGAGGUCGAAAAGAAUGGCCCCUGUUUUAAUUCGUGAAAUCACGAGGAGGGUAAACCUCCAAGGAAUCUUCCAGGCUGUUUACACUGCUGGUGUUGUAUUGCCCAAACCGAUUGCCACUUGCAGGUAUUGGCAUCGCUCUCUAAAUCCUAAGAAGCUAAUCGAGAUCAAGUUCUCACAUCUCUCUCGCAAUAUGACAAUGCAAAGGACUCUGAAAUUGUACAAACUUCCAGAAAAUCCAAAAGUUCCAGGAUUCAGAAAACUACUUCACACGGAUGUGCCGCAAGCUCACAAGAUUCUAUGUGACUAUCUUGAAAAGUUUGAACUGGCUCCCGUUUUCUCCGAGGACGAGUUCCGACAUUGGUUCCUUCCCCAGAACGGUAUCAUCAACAGUUUUGUGGUGGAAAAUGAUAACAAAAUAACUGACAUGGUCAGUUAUUACACCCUCCCGAGUUCGGUGAUGCAUCAUCAGACUCACAAAACCUUAAGAGCGGCGUACAGUUUCUACAAUGUGUCCACUAUCACACCCUGGAUUGAUCUCAUGACUGAUGCACUCAUCUCUGCGCGUAAUCUGGGCUUCGAUGUCUUUAAUGCCCUAGAUCUAAUGGAAAACAAGGAGUUCCUGGAACCCCUGAAAUUCGGAAUCGGCGACGGCAAUCUGCAGUAUUAUCUGUAUAAUUGGCGUUGCCCAAGCAUGCCGCCUGGAAAAAUUGGUCUGGUUCUCCAGUAGAAUGUCUCCACGUUGUCUAAGAUUCUUAAGAAACGUAAAAUGCGAGCGUACUGUGGAGAGAGGGAGAGAGAAGGAGGGAGGGAGAGAAAGAAAAUGGUAAUGAAAUAAAAACGCGAAGGAAGUAGCGUCAUCCGGGAGUCGAAAAAAACGAGGGUGAGUGUUGCCCGAUAUUUUUUGACUAGGAUUUUCCCUUGGAGCAGAUUGAUUUCGCUCGAGGAAUCGGUGGAAAGGAGACGAAUCUUCCUUGCUAAGCUGCAUCUUCGAUGAAAAACUCGAGAUUCCGGCUCACUCUCGUCCAACAGUCAGAUUGUGCACACUCCGUGUUAAAGUGUAUAUUGUAUAUUAUAUUAUAUUAUAUUAUAUUAUACACAAAGACACACCGAUGCGCAUAUAAAUAAGCAAUGUAGAUAAGUACGUUAAUAGAAUUUUGCCGAAUUUGCACGUGAACCUCGAGAGGUUUUCUUUUAAACUAGAUCGCUCCGUCUAUUACAAAAGCGAGAUAUGAGUUUCGUAAUCGUGAGGGACAAGAUCAUUGUUUUAUUUGGUUUUUGGACGCUUUUCCUUUACAAAUUUUGGCGACGGUAGGUGAAUGAAAGUCACGCCCAAAAAUUUGUGAAAAGGUCGUUGAAUAAAUGAAGAUUCAUUAAACAAAA